AGAUGAAUGUGGAAGAGAACCUUGAAAAAGAGAGAAGAGAAAAAAAUGGCAGACACAGGCAAAGGAAGCUCUAGCGCUGGCUGCAAUGAUCGCUGUGGUUGCCCUGCUCCCUGUCCCGGUGGCAAUUCCUGCAGGUGUAGGAUGAGAGAAGCAUCUGGUGGGGAUCAAGGGCACAUGUUGUGCCCGUGUGGGGAGCACUGCGGCUGCAACCCCUGCACCUGCGCCAAGACCCAAACACAAACCUCCGCCAAGGGCUGUACCUGUGGUGAGGGCUGCACCUGUGCCAGUUGCGCCUCUUAGAUCCUUAACUAUGUCUAUACCAUACUUGUAUCAUAGGUGCUAGCUAAUCAAUCUGAAAUAAAACUGUUUAUUGAGGUCAAGGUACAACAAUAUAUAUUGUAUGCUCUGCCUUUGUCUAAUAAUGACUCAUCCAAGCGUAUGAAAAAAAUUCCGUCUAAUACAA